GAAGAAGGGAGGCAAAUUCCAGCCUUUUAAGAAGUUGUUUGGCAAACGGAAAAAGAAAGACACUUCGUUUUCCCGGGAGGCAUCAGCAGGAAAGAAAAGCCACUCUCCUCAGAGCAUCAGCAAUGGCACCUUCUCUUCCGAUGAGGAGACCCUGGAGGACAAUCUAAGGUCCUUCAACUAUUCUAUGGGAACCCGGGCGUUUUCCCAUGACAGUAUUUUUAUCCCUGAUGGGGGAGCAGAAAGUGAGCAGACAGUUCAAGCAAUGUCACAGGACAACAUCCUGGGCAAAGUCAAAACUCUUCAGCGACAGUUGGGCAAGAACAUCAAGUUUGGGCAGCCGCCACCCAGUGCCACUCCCAUGAAGAAGGCAGACAGUGGAGAGGCUGGCUUAGAAGAGGAUCUGUCCCUGGCCAGUCCCAUGGAAACUGUAACUCAGCAGGACAUCAUCCUCUCAGACACCGAGAACAAAUCUAGCGACACACCAGGUUCUCUGAGUCCCCUGAAUCUGCCUGGAGCCAGAAGCGAAAUGGAAGAGAAGGCAGCUCCCGCUAAACCGUCUCGGCCAAAGAGGCACUUCUCUUCUGCUGGCACCAUCGAAAGUGUCAACCUAGAUGCCAUCCCCCUGGCCAUCGCUCGCCUAGACAACAGUGCCGCCAAGCACAAACUGUCAGUGAAGCCAAAAAACCAGAGGGUGUCAAAGAAGCACAGGCGACUUGGACUUGCCAGGGAUCGACUGAAUGAACAAAGUAGCCUUCUGGGCCCGCCGCCCCUGGAGCAGAACGGACACCCUGGAGAAGACAAGCCAGUGUGGCAUGAAGAGCAGCCAGACCCACUGGACUCCGAGGAAGAGAAGAGACGCCAAGAAGAAUACUGGCGAGAACUGGAGGCCAAGUGCAAACGGCAGAAGGCUGAAGCUGCUGAGAGGAGACGCCUGGAAGAGCAGAGGCUUCAGGCCCUGGAGAGGCGGCUCUGGGAAGAGAACAGAAGGCAGGAGCUCUUGGAGGAGGAAGAAGAGGACGAGGAGGGAGAGGAGAGAGAACCACAGCUAGAUGCAGGGAAGGGGCAUGGCACGGAGGAGAGGCAGCGGCUGGAAGAGCAAGGUGGCCGAGGCCACGAGCAGAGGGAACAAGGGGAAGGAAGGAACCAGGAGGCCGAAGAGAAGAAGCCUCUGGAGGAAGAAGCUGAGCCGCGGCAGGAAGAGCUGGAGGCACGAAGCAAGCAAGAGGCAGAGAAACAAUGGCAGGAAGAAGAGGAAAGAGAGCUAAAGGAACUCCGAAGACUGGAGGAGCUGAAGCGGCAGGAAGCUGAGAAGCAGCGGCUGGAGGAAGAGGAGAGGAAGCGGAGGCUGGAGGAGCAGAGGCGGCAGGAAGCUGAGAAGCAAAGGCGAGAGGAAGAGGAGAGGAAGAGGAGGCUGGAGGAGCAGAGGCGGCAGGAGGAGGAGGAGCGGAGACAGAGGGAGGAAGAAGAGAAACGGAUGAGGGAGCUCAGAAGGCAGGAGGAACUGGAGGAGCAGAGACGGCGGGAGGAGGAGGAGGCGAAGAGAAGGGAAGAGCUGAGGAAAAGGCAAGAGGAAAUGGAGGCACAGAGGCGGCGGGAAGUGGAAAAGGAGCCUCAGGAAGCCCUGAGUAUGGAGGCUGAGAGUCGGCCAGAGUUGGAUGGCAGGGGCCCACCUCAGACUGACUUGGCUGAGAAACCAGAACAAGAACACCUGAAACCUGAGAGGCCAAGAGAAAACGCCGAGGAACCAAGUGUUAGCGAGAAGCAGAACAACGAGGCCGAGCCAUCAGGAGAGCAGCAGGGAAAGCGGGGGGACGUUCAUGGGCAGGAUGGUGGUGUCCGUCGGGAAAAGAGAGAAGAAGCUAAUGUCCUCCCUCCCCAGAAACAAGGGGUGCAAGUGGGAGAGACGCUGAGUGCAGUGGAGAAGAAAGAACCUGCCACUCCAGAAAAAGACAGAAAGGUGGAGGAACUCAGGUGGCAGGAAGUGGAUGAGAGGCAGACCAUGCCCAGACCCUAUACUUUCCAGGUAUCAUCAGGCGGGAAACAAAUCCUCUUCCCCAAAGUCAACCUGAGCCCAGUGACGCCCGUGAAGGACGCAGGACUUGCCUCCCCUCCCCACGAGCCAAAGGCUGCCAAAGCCAGCCCUGCCUCCCACACUCUGCCCUCGGCGCUGAGCAUCCCUCACACGGCCAUUCUGGUCACGGGAGCACAGCUCUGCGGCCCAGCUGUCAACCUGAGCCAGAUCAAGGACACGGCCUGCAAGUCUCUCCUGGGUUUGUCAGAAGAGAAGAAGCACAUGGAUGUCCCCACUCUGGAGAACCCACCCCGAGCCCCCACCGACCCCCGGGCCGGCAGCAGGAAGGCCAGGCCCGCCCAGGAGUCCUCGAGCAGUGUGGCCGCUCUGGCUGAAUGGGCUUCCAUUCGGUCCAGAAUCCUGAAGAACGCAGAGAGUGACCAGGGCAGCAAGAGAGACCCGUCUCAGCCUGGCGAUGAGCAUCCCCCCAGGGGCCGGUGUGAUUCCCGGGGGAACCUCCGGAAGACUCCGCCAGUAAAUGCGAAGUUCUCCAUUAUGCCUGCCUGGCAGAAAUUCUCUGAUGGGGGCACAGAGCCCCUCAAACAAAACGCGGAAGCCGAAGGCAUUAGAAAAAGACCCACAUUGGGAGCCAGUGAUGAGACAGCGCCCCCGCCCCUGGCUGCUGAUAGCAGUGAGCACCAGAAGGGCCCAGAGAAUCAGGAGGUGCACCAGGAGCCAGCAGACACCACCGAGGGGUGCAAAUUUGCCAAAGACCUUCCAUCUUUCCUUGUUCCCAGCCUUCCUUACCCUCUGCAGAAAGCAGCGGCCCAGGCAGAGUGUGUGACCACGUCAGACAACGAGACCACCAGUGGUAUAGGAAAGCCAGACCCCCUGAUGCCAGGUGGGGAGGAUAAAGCCUCCCCUUUUGGUAUAAAGUUGAGAAGGACCAACUACUCCUUGCGCUUCCACUGUGACCAGCAGACAGAACAGAAGAAGAAGAAAAGGCACAGCAGCAUUGGGGACGGUGUCGAUGGGGGGCUGCCUGCACCAGGGAGCACAGACAGAGAGAAAGAGACAGAGGGUGUGGCCCUGAAGCAUGGCCCGUCCCUUCCCCUGGAGAGGAAGCCAGCCCCGUCCACCUGGAAGGACUCUGCCGAAAGCCCUUCCGGCCACUCCCCUGCAGCCCAGCCUGGACCCCCACCAGUCGGCCUCCAGACCCCGGCUCCAGAGCACAAGGCAGCAAACAGAAUGCCACUGGUGCAGAAGCCAGCGCUGGCACCCAAGCCCGCCGACAAGACCCCACCGUCCUCCCCACUCUGCAAACUGAGCAGGCCCUACCUGGGCGAGCUGCUGGCUCGGCGGCCGGGGAAGCCUGACCUGGAGGCCAGUGAGCCGUGUAAGGAGAACCAGGAGAGCAGCAAUCCUUGGCCACCCUCACCACCACCCCCUGAGGAGAGGAAGGCCCAGAGGAGGGAGAAGGAGGAAGAGGCAGAAACAGAGAGGAAACCUGCUUCCCCAGCUCUGUCUGCAGCCCCACAAGAGAAGCCUCCCCAGACGCCCGAGGUCGGGAGGAAAGAAAAGCCGGUGCUUCAGAGCAGACAUUCUUUAGAUGGCUCCAAACUUGUGGAGAAAGCUGAAACCACACAGCCACUGUGGAUCACGUUAGCGCUGCAAAAACAGAAGGGCUUUCGGGAGCAGCAAGCUACUCGAGAGGAGAGGAAGCAAGCCAGGGAGGCCAAGCAGGCAGAAAAGCUCUCCAAAGAUAACGUCAGCGUGAGUCCACAGCCAGGAAGCAGCAGCGUGAGCAGAGCGGGGUCCCUGCACAAGUCCGCGGCUCAGCCGGAGGAGAGGAAGCCGGAGACAGCAGGGUCCAGGCUGGAGCGCAGAGACCAGCUGAAGAAGGCCAACACCCUCCCCACAUCUGUGACAGUGGAGAUCUCGGAUUCGACUGCCCCAGCACCGCUGGUGAAAGAAGUCACCAAGAGGUUCUCCACCCCGGACGCUGCGCCUGUGUCAACAGAACCAGCCUGGCUGGCUUUGGCCAAAAGGAAAGCCAAGGCCUGGAGCGACUGCCCACAGAUUAUUAAGUAAAGAGUGACUCUUUCCAUCCUAUUCCUAGUUAUUGGCUCCUCUCUUGCCCUUUUUAUUUAUUUAUUUUUUAUAUGAGGUA